AUGGUUGGUGUAAAGAAGCUUCUUGUCGGUGCUUGGCUCUUGCCAACAGCUUACGGUGCUUUCUCAACAUCCGCCUCCGGCUCGUACUCUGCCCCCUCUUCGACUUCUUCGGGAAAAUACUCCCAAUUUACUAUUCCCGCUAGCGCCGACGUUGGCGCCCAGCUCAUCCCUAAUAUUGAUGACCCUGAAGCCGUCGAUGCGCAGUCAGUUUGUCCCGGGUACAAGGCAUCGAACGUUAAGGAGUCUUCUCGUGGAUUGACCGCUACUCUGACUCUGGCUGGAAAGCCAUGCAAUGUUUAUGGUACCGAUGUAGACUCAUUGGAUUUUUCCAUCGAGUACCUCGCCAAUGACCGCCUCAACGUUCAAAUCGUCCCGACUUAUCUUGAUUCUUCGAACUCUUCUUGGUUCGUAUUGGAUGAGGAUGUCGUUCCCCGCCCCAGUUCCGAUCGUCAUGCUUCAAAGAAGCAGAGUGAUCUUGAGAUCACCUGGUCGAAUAAGCCCUCUUUUCAUUUCAAGGUGACCCGCAAGGCUACCGGUGAUGCCAUCUUUGAUACUACCGGCUCGGUCUUGGUGUUUGAGAACCAGUUUAUUGAGUUCGUUACCUCCUUGCCCAAGGAUUACAACUUGUAUGGCAUUGGAGAGCACAUCCAGCAGCUGCGCCUCUUGAACAAUCUCACUUUGACCCUCUAUGCGUCGGAUAUUGGUGACCCUGUUGAUCUCAAUCUUUACGGCUCCCAGCCUUUUUAUUUGGACACCCGCUACUAUGAGGUUGACCACAAGGGUCAUCACACCCUCAUCGCAAGUGACAAGGCCGAUCAGUCUAAAAACUAUGUUUCCUUCUCGCAUGGCGUCUUCUCUAGAAAUGCCCAUGGCCAGGAGGUUAUCCUGAGUCCCGAGGGACUGAAGUGGCGCACCCUGGGAGGUAGUAUUGAUCUCACUUUCUACUCAGGUCCUACCCAAGUGGAUGUGACCAAGAACUACCAGUUGAGCACCAUUGGCAUGCCAGCAUUGCAGCAGUACUUUGCUUUUGGAUAUCACCAGUGCCGCUGGGGUUACAAUAACUGGACUCAGCUUCAACAAGUUGUCUCCAACUUUGAGAAGUUUGAAAUCCCUCUCGAGACUAUCUGGAAUGACAUUGAUUAUAUGCAUGGCUACCGUGACUUUGACAAUGAUCAAAAUCGUUAUCCCUACAGUGAGGGCGAGAAAUUCCUAGAGAAGCUGCACAACAGUGGCCGCCAUUAUGUUCCUAUUAUAGAUGCGGCUAUCUACAUUCCAAACCCCGAGAACGCCUCUGAUGCUUAUGAUACCUACACUCGUGGGCACAAAGAUGAUGUCUUCCUGAAGAAUCCCGAUGGAAGCGAGUACAUUGGCGCUGUGUGGCCCGGCUACACUGUCUUCCCCGACUGGCACAAUCCCAAGGCAGGCGAUUUCUGGGCAAACGAGAUCGUUACCUGGCACAAGAAAGUAGCCAUUGAUGGUAUCUGGAUUGAUAUGAACGAAGUUUCUUCCUUCUGCGUUGGCAGCUGCGGAUCUGGAAACCUCAGCAUGAACCCAACCCAUCCUCCAUUUUCUCUGCCCGGAGAGCCUGGCAACAUUAUUUAUGACUACCCAGAAGGAUUUGAGAUCAGCAACAAGACUGAGGCUGCCUCUGCGUCUGCAGCGGCGUCCAGCCAGGCUGCUGCCGGCGCAACUGGUGGCUCUGCGCCUUCAUCCACCUCUUAUGUGCGGACUACACCCACUGCGGGGGUGCGCAACAUUAACUAUCCGCCAUAUGUGAUCAACAAUGACCAGGAUGGCCACGACCUCAGCUCGCACGCUGUGUCCCCGAACGCCACCCACUUCGAUGGCGUGCAAGAAUACGAUGUACACAACCUCUUCGGCCACCAAAUCCUCAACGCCACCUACCACGGCCUGCUCAAGGUCAACGAAAAGAAGCGUCCCUUCAUUAUCGGCCGUUCGACAUUCGCAGGUUCCGGUAAAUGGGCCGGCCACUGGGGUGGUGACAAUGCCUCUAGGUGGGCAUUCAUGUUCUUCUCCAUCCCCCAGGCCCUCUCAUUCUCCCUCUUCGGAGUCCCUAUGUUCGGCGUCGACACAUGCGGCUUCAACGGCAACAGCGACGAAGAACUCUGCAACCGCUGGAUGCAAUUAUCUGCCUUCUUCCCCUUCUAUCGUAAUCAUAACACCCUUUCCGCAAACUCUCAGGAGCCUUAUGUUUGGGAAUCUGUGGCAGCUGCUACAAGAUCCGCCAUGAAGAUCCGCUACGCAAUCCUCCCCUACUUCUACACCCUCUUCCACGAGGCCCACACAACCGGCUCUACCGUCAUGCGUGCCCUGGCCUGGGAAUUCCCCACAGACCCUUCCCUCGCCGCAGUCGACACCCAGUUCCUGCUCGGCCCCUCAAUCAUGGUCGUCCCCGUACUCGCCCCUCAAGCCACCUCCGUCAAGGGUGUCUUCCCGGGCGUUAAGAACGGCGAAAUAUGGUACGACUGGUACACACAAACAGCCGUGGACGCAAAGCCCGGUGUCAACACUACCAUCCCUGCCCCGCUCGGCCAUAUCCCUGUUUUCGUGCGCGGAGGCAGCGUCUUACCGAUGCAGGAGCCGGCUUUGACUACAAAAGAGGCCCGUGGUACGCCAUGGUCCUUGCUUGUUGCGCUCGGUGGCAGUGGAGCGGCCUCGGGUCAGUUGUAUCUGGAUGACGGAGAGAGCAAUGCUCCGGAUGAUACGCUCGACGUCACUUUCAAGGUCAAGGGGUCCAGCUUGAGUGUCAAGACAAAGGGUAGCUGGGAGGAGUCCAAUCCUCUCGCUACUGUUACUAUCCUCGGUGUGUCUAAGAAGCCCGACACUGUGAAGCUUAAUGGUAGACGUGUGCCGGCUUCCGGGGUGCACUACAAUGCUACUUCGCAUGUGUUGUCUGUUGGCGGUUUGCAGCAGUUGACUAAGGAAGGUGCUUUCAGUGAAAACUGGACUUUGAAGUGGUAG